UUAUAUUUAUAGGUAGGUAUAAGAUUCAUUCAUAUGAAAACUAAUCUUAAUUGUAAGAAGAAAGGACAUUUUAACAACAACAAGGACAAGUUUAAUAAAAACAUUAAGAUUAGUUUUCAUAUGAAUUAUUCUUAUACCUGCCUAUAAAUAUAAUUAUGAUUUAUAAUGUUAAGUUACAAUAAAGGAUUAUUUCUAAAUUAUUUUUAAUGAAAUCUAAACCAUAAUUUGUUUAGGUAUUGAUAAAACAAUAGAUAAACUGGACGGAAAUAUAUUUUUAAUAAUUCUCAAUUAUAUUAUAAACCUACAUUUCAAUGUUUAUGAGUUCAAACGUAAAUUAUUUUAUAUUAUCAGUGAUACACACAAACCCGAACCUCAGAAUAAUACUUCGAUCAAAAAACAUAUUUCAUUUAUUAUUAUUACAGGAAUUUAAAGAUACAGGAACAAUUGUAUAUGUUUACUAUUAUUUAAUAAAUCGUCAAAGAUGCUUUAAAUUCUUGUUUUACAGUAAAAUUGCAACUAUAAUCGAGGUAAACAAACUUUGACAUAACCAAAACAAAACACAUUUUUAAUAAAUUUUUAGUUAUUUGAUUCGAAUAUUAAUAAUGAUUUUACAACCCUCUGUCCACUGAUAUCACAGCAAUGAACACUGCGACAUAUUGCUAAUCGGAGACCUUUUUAGUACCUAAUUUUGAAAUUACCAAUUAUCAUACUAUUAAUGUUAUGUAUUUGUAAUUUGGUGCUAAAUAAAUACUUUUCUAUUCUAUUCUAAUAUUAUGGAAUUUUCGAUUUUAAUGUUUUCUCUAAAGAUGUUUCAUUUCAAAGCGUUAAGCUACCAAAGUUGCGGACGUUAGGUGUCGCUGAAGUCGUGCACAUAGCCUAAGAGAAUUUAAAAACUACGUUACACAUUGCUAUUAAGUAAAAAAACAAAAGCAUUGUUAUUCUCUCUAAUAUAUAAGGCGUAAUGUUGUUAUAUGCCAGGACUUCGUGGGGUAGAUGAGUCAAAUAGGUAUACUGAAAAACUUUUACUAUGCGAGCAACACUGAAUUCACGAAAAAAUAAUCAGUUAUUUCAUACAAAAUUGUAAUACCUACAUUUGUCAACAGUAUGAAACGGCUGAUUAUUAUUUCGUGAAUUCAGUGUUGUGCCUAUAGUAAACAUUGUUCAGAAAAUGUAACUCAUCUACCUCACGAAGUCCUGGCACGUAAUAAAUAUUACACCUUAUAUGAAAGAUUACAGGAAAACAAAAUAUCUACUUGUUAUCUUUAUUUAAUAAUAUUAUUAAGUGGAAAUAUUUGAUUGUUUGUUUGUUUGCGUGGUUAGUUUCCGAAAACUACUGGACCGUUUUCAAAAUUCUUUUAUCAUUGGGAAGCUACAUAAUACGCGGGUAUCAAAGGUUAUAAUUUACGCGGGCAAAGUCGCUGGAAUACAGCUAGUCUUAUUUAAAAAUUAAAGGAGUUUUGAUCAUGACACGUGAUAGGUAUGAUGUAUGAUAGAUGUUUGAAUAAAGAAAUUAGAUCAUCGUAUGUCUUAAAACAUUCCUUCUCUGCUUAUAGUUUCGGACUUUUCCAUACUGAUAUUUCUCAGAUUAAAAAUAAACCCAAUACCUGUAUUUAAUGAUAUUUUUAUUACAUUCCAGUAAAUGUUGGCGACAGUUGUAUCGCAGAUGAUCGGCCAGGCACGUGCUCCCGCCUCUCUAACUGUAAGCUGCUAAUGGACGAGAUCAGGAGAGGUGGAAAUCCAAUGCCGUUUCACCUUAAGAUGAAGUUAAUCGAUCGCUCUUGUGGAUUUGAAUCAAAGGACCCUGUGGUGUGCUGCACUCCGUUAUCCGGCAAUUCGACCUCAGUUACUUCAGAUCCAGUGGUUACUGUCACCACCAGUUCUACUAAGGGCGUCACAUUGAACCCUCCUGACGAUGCCAACAUCAAAAUUCGUUUUGGUUUGCCUAACGUAGAGAACCAUCCGAAUUUACGUCUUUUACCCACGAAAAAAUGUGGCAUUUUUGAAGAUGAUCGAAUAGUCGGAGGCAACGUGACGGAAUUGUUUGAAAUGCCAUGGAUGGUUCUUCUGGUUUAUGACUCUCCAGAAGGAAGAAAAUUGAGCUGCGGUGGUACUUUAAUAAAUGAAUGGUACGUGCUGACUGCGGCACAUUGUGUCUCAUUCUUAGACGAACGCCUGAGUCUUCAGGGAGUACUGCUAGGCGAGCAUGACGUAAGAGAAGACCCUGAUUGCGAUCGCGUUGAACAGUUUUGUGCACCAAACGUCAGAAACGUGACAGUGGAAAAAGUAAUAGCUCAUAAGGGAUACAACCCCGAAACUCGAAUCGAUGACAUCGCACUAUUAAGACUUUCAGAUCCAGCUGAUUUCAACAUGGAAAGAAUGAGCCCAAUAUGUCUCCCUUUCACGUCAGAACUUCAAACCGUAGACUUAGUCGCAUAUUUAGGAAUCGUAGCUGGUUGGGGAGCCACUGAAGAUGGAUUGCAGUCCCCAGUUCUUCUUAAAGUAUACUUGCCAAUUGUGGAAAACAAAGAAUGUCAGGAAGCUUACUAUGGUAACUUUCGCAUAUACGAUCGUCAAUUAUGCGCUGGUGGAGUUCAAGGCAAGGAUUCUUGCGUUGGCGAUUCUGGUGGUCCCUUAUUGAUUUUCCCUGGUACUACAUCAUAUAAUUAUCAGUACUUCCAAAUGGGAAUCGUGUCAUACGGGUCAAUGCAAUGCGGUUUAAAGGGACAACCCGGGGUUUACACAAGACUCGCCUACUACAUGGAUUGGAUAUUAGACAAUAUGCACGAAUAAAUUAAUGUUUAUGUUUCAAAGAGGUUUAAUAAUCAGGAAUACAGAUGCAUUAUAAGGGUCAAUUAUGACUAAAAUAAGGGAUUAUUCUGUGAUAAAUUGACGUUAAGUAAGGAAUAGUUUAUAGUUUUUUCAUAUCUGCCUAUUAAAUGACAAUAUAAAAAAAGCUUUGCUCUUCACUUUUAGAUUCAGUUAAUAUAUAGUUGUUUAAACUAAAUCUGAGUCUUUUCAUAGUAAGAAACUCGUUGAGUAAGAAUAAUAAGAAUCAUAGUAAGAAAAACUUUUUGAAAAAAUAUAAAGAAUGUAGGAAGUAUUCAAGUUAUAUUUUUGUAGAAUAAAUGUAAUUCCU